AUGACACUUGCCAUAAGGAAGGAGCCUGACAUCGUGACAGAAACGGAAGGAACUACCUCCUUCUGCCCCAAGCACAAAAACUUUCUCCCCAACAACCGAGAAAGUCUUUCGUUUUUCCUCCUUAACACACACAAUCCGAGAAAAUGGCAAUCAUCUCAUCCAUCUUUGGCCACUACCCAUUCAUCAUUUCUUUUCCAAUCCCGGCGCGGUCUGGGGGAAUGCCAUUGCUUGGGACUCAGCAGUCAUCGAGGUCAAGUCCUCCGGGAGGAAGCCAAAUCCCCCGAACGUGAUGGUCAUCAUUGUCCCAAGUUGGCUCUAAAUGCAGGCGGGGUGUUCAGUCCCCGUACUGUUCCCAGCAGAGCCUAG